AUGCUGAUGGAAAAGAACCACAAUUUGGAUGACAGGAACAUGAACGAGGCGUUAGAAAAUAGCCUUCAAACGAAGAAAGAUGGAAGUCCAAAAGGUGUAGAAAACGAAGUGACAUUCAGUGAUAGGGUGAUUCGUACCAUUGCCUCAAUCAGUAGUGGUGGAUUAUGUCCUGCUGAUAUGGAUGUUGUCGAUCAAAUCAAUGCUUUGUUUCCAACGGAACAGUCAUUGUCACAGUUGGAUUCAGUGAUGCGUUCUAUAGAGGAUGAAAUCGUUGACUUGGAUUGUCAGCUGGCAAAGCUUGUUGAAAUGCAUGGGAAAGCUGGUACUGAAGGGGACCAAGCCUUACGUGAGGCUCAUGCGGCAAUGAGAGACUUAGAAGAACGUGUACGUACGGUUUGUUUGAAGACACAAUCAUCAGAAAGUGUUGUACAGGAAAUGACUCGUGACAUUAAACAGCUUGAUGUUGCAAAACGGAAUUUAAUCUCCUCACUCAAAGCUCUUCAUCACCUUCAGAUUUUGCUGACUGGUGUCUAUUCACUCGGAUCAUGGAUAGAUCAACAUCGAUAUGGUGAUAUUGCUUCGCAGUUACCGGCUGUUUUGAAUGUUUUACAACUUUUCGGUCCUUAUAUGGAAGUGGAACAUAUCAAAAAUGUCGCUGAACAACUUGAGCGGCUAAAACAGCGAUUAGCUAUUCAACUUGUGGCGGAUUUAAAACAUUCAUUCCAGACAGGAGUCUUGAAUUCUUCGGUGACUGAUAUGUGUCGUGUUGCUGCAUCGUUAGAUCCAGUCAUACGAGAAGAUUUUUGCAAAUGGUUUAUAGAUCAUCAGCUUUCCGAAUAUACUGUGCUUUACGGUGAAAGUGAGAAUAUUGCUUGGAUUGACAAAAUUGAUUUAAGAUAUCGAUGGUUUGUGCAAAAAUUGACCGAAUUUGAAAAAACAGGUAUGAUGAAAGUGUUUCCUGCUGAUUGGGAUAUGGGCCGGCGUUUGACUUUGGGAUAUUGUAAUUUGACGAGAGAGAUGCUGGAACGAAUGAUGUCGAGACGUUGGUUAGAACUCGAUUAUAAAGUACUCGCGCACGCUAUCAACCAUACAAUAAUGUUUGAAAAUCUACUUUACAAGAGAUUUCCGGCAAAGGAAAAUUACAACUUUGAAAAGAUCAUUUGGCGAGCAUUCGAUAAGUACAUGGAUGUAUUUGUGGCAGCGCAAAAGAAAAAUUUGGAUAGCUUUUUAGAGGAAUGUGUAGUAAGGAUCAGGAGUGGUGCUGAACGACCAACUCGAGAAACAGCAUCGCAUGCGUAUCCACUGCCAUCAUCCGCUGAUAUGUUUCUUUUGUUGAAAAAAAUAAUUGCCGAGUCAACAAAACUCAGCUCCGAUCCGAAUUCUUUACUAAGGAACCUAUUGGAGGUUCUACGCAACUGUCUGCGUGGUUACGCUCAUGGUUGUUUAACAGCUUUCUUACCGUCUUUAGCAACUACUCAAUUUUCGUCUACUUCAAUUUUGCAAACUUUAAUGAGGGAUGAAACUGCGGUUCGCUUAACAGCUGAUCAGCAAUUUUUUACGUGCUGCUUACUUGCUACUGCUGACUGGUGCGCUGAAACAACACUGCAAUUGCAGGAGAAACUAAAGCAGCGAGUACAGAGCAUCGAUCUUAAUCAAGAAAUGGAACUGUUCUAUAGUAUAUCAAAUAGUGCCCUUUCUGUCUUAGUACAGGAUGUAGAGUCCACUUGUGAUGCUGCUCUGCAAGCGAUGGUGAAAAAAAAUUGGAAUGGUGUAGAAAGUGUUGGUGACGAGUCAUCAUAUGUUUCAUCGAUACGAAGUCAUCUGCGGUCAAGUGUGCCACUGAUAAGGGAUUUUUUCAUUGACAGACGAAAAUAUUUCGCACAUUUUUGUUUGAAGCUUGCAACGCAAUUGGUCAAUAAGUUCUUGGGUGCGUUAUUCAGAUGUCGGCCAGUGGGUGUCGCUGGUGCAGAACAAUUGCUUUUAGAUGCACAUGCAUUGAAGACAUUUUUAUUAUCUAUGCCAACGGUUGGAUCAGCUACUAACACGAAACCGCCAACAAUGUAUACAAAUGUUGUGGUAAGAACCAUGACGAAAGUAGAAAUGAUACUCAAAGUUGUUAUGUCGGAGAUAAAUUCACACGAAGAAUUUGUAAUGGCAUAUAUGCGUCUAUUACCCGAUUCGGACUCUUCAGAAUUACAGAAAGUUCUAGAAAUGAAGGCAUUGAGACGUCAGGAACAGACAAGUAUUAUACAGCUGUACAAAUCACGUGUUGAAGUACAAACAGCUGCCGUAGACCCCUUGGACGUGCAAUCGUCAACGAUCUCAGCAAUAGGAAGUAUCGGCGAUUCGAGUAUGAGAAGAUUGGAACAACUCGUAAAGAAGAAAGCCUAA